AUGGAGCAUUUCCCAGCAGUUUGUUGUUUUGGUGGUGAGCCAUUUUUGGAUUUUCACACAAACUCUUCAAUCGAUCCAACUGAUUGGUCAGCUGAUUUGGUUAAAGACCCAACCAACUCUGUAGACCUGAAUGUGGGGAUUUCAAAUCUGACCGAAUCAUUUGCAAAAAUUGGAAUCAAUGUGAUUUCUCAAUGCCAAAUUUUCAAUAUCACAUUCAACGAUUUGGCCGAUCAAACACUUUUUGACACGUAUAAAGCCAGAUUCUUGUGCAGGUAA